AUGUGUCACCCCUGCGGUUUUUGGAUUCACAAGACUUGUGCUUUAUCGCCGAGCACCAUCACUUGUAGUGAUCACCCGCACCCACUUCUCCUCGUUAAGCAGCACUUCAAGUUAACCAAUUUCGACCAAGACUGCGAUUUAUGUGGUGUGUACAUUGACGACGAUUUUUGGGCUUAUUACUGUGGCCCAUGCAGAUAUUUUGUCCAUCUGAAAUGUUUCAGUUUCAGAGGAGGUGAAGAUGAGAAUAUAGUUGUUGAACCUCCCGACUCCAAUGUGAUCCAUUUACCGGUGACAGAUGGUUUCGAAGAUUUCAUAAAAAAAUUUGUUGAGCAGUUGGACCUUGAAGAGAGAGAAAGAGAAACAGAGCUGAUGAAGCUUAUGCACAUAAAGCCCACAAGCAUCCCUUGUUUCGAAGUGAAGGUUCGGAGUAUAAUUGCAAUGCAUGUAGCUUUAAGUUCUCUGGGAUUAGAUUCGGAUGUGAUAAAUGCAAGUUCUAUAUAUGCACCCGUUGUGUUGUACUCCCACAUAUUAUCAAUCACAGAUGGGACAAACAUCCUCUCACCUUGA